GGUUGUUAGAGCCUGGAGAUGCACACUUUUAGAAAGUUUGAAAACAUAAUAAGCGAAGAAGAAGAAAAAGAUAACAUAAGAAAAGUGAACCAAUAACUUUUUUUGAAAAGUCUUCAACAGACAGCCAUGUCUUCAAGGCCCAGAAGCCAGAAGCAGUUUUCACAGAACACGUGUGGUUUGGGGAAAAAGAAGAAAACCCAUGAUCAGAGUGUUGUCCUGUGUGAAAUACUGAAGGGAGAAAAACAGCUGGCAGGGCUUAAAGCCAAGGAUGAGGAAGGCACACAGGAGCUAAAAAGUUUGAAGGACCAGACAAAGGAGCUGCAGGAUGACAUUAAUAAAAUACAGGAGCGCUUUCAUGAAGCCUUUGUUGAGGAUGAAGAUGCUGAUGAUGCUCUGGAGGAAGCGAAGGCAGACAGCAAAGAGUUCAUUCAAAAGGAGGCAGAGUUAGAGAGAUUAAAGAAAGAGUAUGCUGAACUGAUGGAGAGGAGAGAGGAGCUACAGCAUCAAGUUCAGAGGCACUCAAUGUACAAGCACUUCAUGGAGCGUGUGCUUAAAAUAACAAAGUUUGAGGAUGCUGAGGCUCUCGCAGACUACACAGAGAGUCUGCUCCAUUUUCAAGAUCAGUUCUACCAGAAGGAGAUGAAGUUGCAGGAUGAGGUCGACCAGCAGAAGAAAGCACUGUUAACCCUGCAGGACCAGCACAACUUGGUGGUAAUGCAGAAAAACAGUCUGCUGUCUCAGCUCCAGACCGAGCUAGAGAAGACUCAGGCCGAAGCUCUCACAUGGGAACAAAAGUGGAACCACAUUCAGGAAACAGCUGCAAAGAAGACACUACAACUGGGAAAGAUUAAGAUGGCGAUCCUAAACCUCUAUGAAAUGACAGCAGGUGCCAUAGGAGAAAAGGAAGGAGUUGAUAUGAAUGACACAGAGACGCAGCUGAACAAGCUGCAGAUGUUCUCCGAGGAUGAAAAUGACAUAGUGAAACAAUAUCAAGCCAGACUUCAUGCAGCCAGCGAUGGAAAGAAGCCAAACAAGGACAAAGGGAACACAAAACCCAGAAAAAAAUGAACGCAUAUUCAGUUUCUUGGCAUACCGAAUCAUUUAUUACUUCAAAUAAAGGUUGAAAAUAUUGAA